AUGGGCAGCAGUGCCAGCUCGCUGCGCUACGACAGCGCGCAAGUGUCGAUCCUUCCGCAAUUCGUUCCAUUUGUCAAAUGCGUCACGGUCAGCCAGGUGGAAGCACUAGGGGAGAAGCUGCGAGCAACGACGAAGACUGCGUUUUGCACGUUGGAGGAAUUCCAAGACCUGAUGGGGUUGGGGCCGCACCUUGACGUGUACUUGCGAUACUUGUUCGGCUCCCUCAAGACAACACCGACGUCUACGAAGGUACAUGUGAUGGACUUCCUCGCGGCAAUGGCUGUGUGUACGUCCACGAGUGCGUCCGUCACCGACAAGCUCGACCUCCUGUGCACGCUGUUCACGCACAAAACCGCGCAGUGCCUCAACGAGUGUGACAUCGCGAUCUUGUUUCUGUGCACAAUCAACGGGCUCAAGAAGGUCACGGUCGGCUUGGAAUACACGUGGAGCGCGACGGGGCGGUCCACGCGGGACAUCGCGUCGGACCUCACGGCGCGAUGUUGUCUCGACAUGGUCGACGGCCAGCAAGUGACCAAGCCGUCGCUGUCACGGAACGAAUUCAUCGCGUGGUGUCUCAUGCACAAGCCGGUGGAGUACAUGCUUCGGCACUUUAUUCCUGGCGACAUCUUGAACCCGUCCACGUCGUCGUUGGCCCAAGCGUCGCCAUACUACGGCAAACUAGCCAAGCAAGCCAAGCUGUAUGCUACGCUGUUAGAGGAGAUCAGCCCGUCCGAGAACCAGCGCAUCGAGAGCCUCGUGCAAGCCACCGCCACUGUCAAGAUCCAAGCAAUGUGGAAGCGCCAUGUCGCACGACAAGUGGCCCACGACAAGCGGGCGGCGAAGCGCUCGACGCUGAACGGCGCCGCCAACACCAUUCAAGCAUAUGCCAAGAAAAAGAUGAACUUUGUCGCGCUCAUGCAACGCGCGGCGGUCGAGCGCAUGGCGUUGAAUGGUGCCCUCCUCACGUUCGGAUCCGGCAUCGGUGUCGGCGCCGAGACCACACAACAAACCAAUGGCGGCGGCAGGCUUCGAGGCGCCGACAUGGUCGCCGAGCUGAAACUGCGCGGCGUGCGGUCGCGCAACGUGUUUGCUAGCUCGUCGUGCACAUUUGUCGACACGGACCAGGGGUGGAUGAUGUGGGGGCAGUGCCUCCCCAUGUUGAACGUGGAAACCCACGAAACGUCGUUUGUCCAGACCAUUCCCCGGCACAUCGACUUGAAGAUUGACAUUGCCAGUGUCGCAUGUGGGCGUGGCCAUUGCCUGAUCUUGGACACGGCGUCCAUGGUGCACAGCUGGGGCUGGAACGACCACGGCCAAACAGGGCAUGGGUCGGCGGGGGUGUUUUGCGCGCGAAAUGGCGGGCAGUCGUACAAGUCGUACUACGACGAGCGGACGGGGAACGUGGUGGAGUACUUGGACUGGCCGGUGAAGCUGCCCUACUUUACGGGGGACAUGGAGCAAGACGCGCUUCCGAUCCGGAUCCGUCAAAUCGCCGCGGGUGAGUUCUUCUCGAUGGCGCUGAGCACAGACGGCACCGUGUUCUCGUGGGGCGAAGGCUCGGACGGGCAGCUCGGCCACGGCUUGGACUGUCCGUUUGAAGUGGGGUACGUCGAAACGAGGCUCGCGCACUCGGCGUUCACGUUCGUACACGAGCCGAGGGCCGUGGCCAACUUGGCACAUGUGCAAGCAAUCGCAGCGUAUGGCAACCGCAGCAUCGCCCUGACCGCGGAUCAGAGGGUGUUCGAGUGGGGCGACUGGAAGCGGAUGCUGGGCGAAGAGACGGAACCCGCGUUUCGUCCCGUGGAAAGACAAGGGGUUCGAGGUCUUGGGGUAUGCAAAGUCGCUAUUGGGGCCGAGCAUACGAUAGCCGAAGGAGCCAGCGUAUGGCUGGAGCUGCCGCAACGCGACUCGUUUGCCUGCUUUGUCAUGAUGGCUGCUCACGCGUGCUCGAUUGCAUCGAUGAAGGCUUGUUUUACGAAGGGGGCGACUGUUCAAGUUGUGACACUGGACAUUCCGUUUGACGAUUUCGAAGACGAUCAAUCGGAUUUGCCCCAGCCUGUGACGCUGUCUCGCGUGGACAGCGAAGGCCGUCGAUCGUCCCAAUCCACGUCGGCGACUGUGGACUCGAUGGACUCUGUGGAAAUGGAAAAGGCAAUCUCGUCGUUGCUUGACCAAUUAUGGGUCAACCGAGCGCAUGAAUUUGUGCCGACGUUGGACCGAAUGAAAGCCCAGCACCCGUCGCUGCAGUCGCUGCAAUGGCCUGUAGCCGUCAAGACAGGCACAUGCCACUACGACGACAUCGUCGACGAACUCAUGAUUGACAUAUCCGGACGGUAA